GCAGACGAAGCCACGCUUCAAGACGGUGUAACACCGCCCUCUUCGAAGAGGGUACGCCGUGACACUGAGGAGGACAUCGAGAGGCAUGCGAGAGACAGCACUGGAGUGCCCCAGUCGGCUGUUCUCGAUUGUGAACUGGGAGGACCGAUGCCGGGCAGGGCAGGGACCAGCGAAUCUGAGGUGGGGACUACAGUUGUUCAGGUACUCAGGCUAGAACAUAAUUGCUUGUUGUCAUGCAGUCUCUCGCCGUGUCUGGCCGCGCGGAUGGUGCCCGCGCAACCGGGAGCACGAAUGUACCACACAUUCUCGAGCCUGGGUAUCCUGCGUAUCGUGCGCGCCUAGAGGAAACCGCGAACAGGCGGACAGCCCGCUCGCCAACAAAUCGUAUAAGUGGAGAUAGGAGCCCGGAGAUACAGGAUACGCACGAGGAAGCAGAACGCGCUGGCAUCAUGCAAGACGUACAGCUGGACCACCCUGGAGUGGGAAAUAUGGAUGGGAAACCGGAUGAUGCAGACCUCGACGAGCCAGAAGAGUACGCCGCCCCAUCAGAUGACCUCCGUCACAGUCUUGCUUUCAUCGACGGUCUCAACUCCGCGACACAUGCAAACGGCCCUCUGGAUGAGGACAUGGUUGAGCGUCUGCGCAACCACAUUGACAACGCAGACAUUCUCUACUCGUUGCAGAUCUACAUGGUCCUUCAAAAUGAACCACAGGGCACAUACACCGCGAUUCGUGAGGUACUCAACAGCCGUUAUCCUCAGGACAAGAUGUUGUCGCUGUACGAGGUCGAGAAGAAGAUUGCUGAGCUGACCAGCACUGUAGGCUAG